AAUCAUGUCAAUGCGAAGCUUUACAUAGCUUUCCUUUAUUGUUACAACAUUUGACAGGCGCAGGGCGAUGUGGGGAAAUUGUAUCACAACAUCCAUACAGCGCCUCUGGACACAUUUUUCUGAUCAAGUAUAAAUGGACUUUUAGUCCGUUGUUAAUUCCAUAAAACAUUCGUUGCUGUGAGGUUAACAUUGGAUUCCCUAUGCUGUGUGAGCCAAGGCCAAGUCAUUGAAUAUCCCUCUAGAGGAAGAGAUGGUUAGCAUCUUAGGCCAAUGUGGAUCAGCUCUGACUAACGUCCUGCAAAGCAAGUUUGGAUGCACUACUGUGCUCCAUGGUGUAGAUGCCACCUGUGCAGGGCAGUCGAGGAAGCCCUCUGUCUUCCCCGAGGAAAGGUUUUCUAUACAUCUAUCCAACAACAGGCUAAAGCAUUGUGGAGGUCUCGCAAAAGCGCUUAGCGAUGCUGGUGGCCCAGCUAUCCAGCAAGAAAGUGACCAGUACAUUUUCAGAAAAGGAAAGUUGUCAAUAGGAGAUGCUGUCAUCGCCCCACCCGGAUACCUUCCAUGCAGGAAGAUCAUUCAUGCUGUGGGUCCAAACCUUCCAUACAACAACAGAAAAUCUGAAGUUUAUAAAGUCACACCACAACUCCAAAGGGCUGUUUUAAGCAUUCUGAAAGUGGUCAAGCAAGAUAAUCUGCAGUCCGUUGCCAUUCCUGCCAUAAGUUCUGGCCUCUUAAACUAUCCCUUGCCACUCUGUGCAGACGUCAUUGUUAAAACCCUGAAAGAGUACCAUGAUUCAAAUUAUUCUGGUGCUCCACUAGAGGUUUGUCUAGUUAAUCAUGAUGAGCCAUCGGUCAGGGAGAUGGAGAGAGCGUGCCGUCAAAUACUGGGGUCCUCGGAUUCACAUAGUCAACCAGUGGAUGCUCAGGGGCAGCCACCUAAGGCUUCAUACAGUCAAGCUGCAAGGAGCCACGGGAAAGGCUCCACCAAACCCUUUUCAACACCCACGGUUCAGCUUGGGAGUGUCAGUCUGACCAUCAAAAAAGGAUACAUCGAGAGAGAGCAGGCUUUUGAAAAUCAACUGAAAUCUCUUCAAGGCGCAACACAAUAUUCUAGCCCCUCCAACAGUGCUGCCUCUCAAGGCAAGAUCCCGAUCAAAAGUAGACUAAGGGGAUUUGGGCACACAACUGAUCAUUAUGAGUCCAGAGCUACAAAUGAACGCCGAUAUCCAAGAGGAGGUGCAUCACCGUAUAUCAAGCUCAGCAGUGCCCACAAUGACAUAUUGAGGGAGGCCAAAUGUUGGCUCACUUAUGCUUUCAUGAUGCCCUCUGAGAACUUCACCAUUCUCAACGGUUUCAUACAGCACUUUGGUCAGAGGGAAUUUGACAAGCUGCUUUCCCUUCAAACCAAGUGGAAUGUUUCCAUUAAGGAGUUCUUUAAAGAUGGUCGUGCUGGUGUGAUCAUCCAGGGGUCUUCUAGAGGUGUCAGAGCUUCUGUGUUAGAGUUGGAAGCCAUUUUCUGCAAAGUCCAAGAGGAUUUUGCAAAAAAAGAGGAGAGUGACAUGGGCCUGAAAUCGUCCAACAAUUUCUCAAGGACGCCUGUAGAGAACAACAGCUCAGACGAUUUUUCCGGCCUUGAAAUUGUCAGGGUUGAGAAGGUGGAGAAUAGCACUCUGAAGCAUCUCUUUGAGCUAAAGAAGAGACAGUUGCAGUCUGCCUCUUCACAACGAAUGUACCAGCGCCUGCCAGCGCAAUACUGUGACCUGGUCAGCCGAGUGGGCUUCCAGAGGGAGUUUGCACCACCUGACGAGCAAAAUCAUGGAGAGGGGAUCUACUUCAGUAGCAGCGUGCAUGGGACAGAGAAGCUGUGGAGGGGCUUGGCUGAUGAAGAGUACCUGUACUUUUUUGCAGCACAGGUGCUGACAGGGAAGUCUACUAUUGGCACACCAGGUCUUAUUGUGCCACCGGAGACCCCCGGUGGAGACCCCCUAACCCUGUAUGACAGCGUGGAAGGGGGCGUAAACACGUGUCAUUUUCAAUGGUCACCAGGCCCUACCUGAAUAUCUGAUCAUCUGCACAAAAAAAACUUCAACCCAUAAGUUCUAAUAACGAUGAAGUCCUAUGAAAUAUAGAACUUAAUUUCGUUCAGUGAUUGUCUACUCCAUAGUCUAUGCAGGAAAACUGGAUUUGAUACACCAGUAUAGAAAAUUCUGACAAUUGCAUCACAUGUAUAUUGUUUUUUGAUUUGCCAUGGUUUAGUUUAGUUUAAUUAUCUGCCUCCGUAUUAGCACUACGGCUUCAGUUUACAGCCAACUAAAUUUUAUUGCCGUUUCAAUGGGUAUGUUAUGAAUUUAGCAGUGGGUUUGCAUGUAUACUGAACAAAAAUAUAAACGCAAUAAUUUCAAAGAUUUACAGUUCAUAUAAGGAAAUCAGUCAAUUUAAAUAAAUAAAUUAGGUCCGAAUCAUCUACAGAUUUCACAUGACUGGGAA